GAGAGGCUGUUUACCAGAAGAGCAUAACAAGGGCAGGUCUAACUGUGAGGCUGGGACUGGGAGGCAGAGCUGCCGCCAAAGGGGACCCCGGUUGGACACGGGUCAAUCACCUGCAGGAUGAAGGUGGUGAGGAUGCUGUUGGCCUGGGUGCAAACGUUCCUUGUCAGCAACAUGCUUCUAUCAGAAGCCUAUGGAUCUGGAGGCUGCUUCCGGGACAACGGCCACCUGUACCGGGCACACCGGCCCUACCCCACGCCGGGCCUCCGCUGUCUCAACUGGCUAGACACACAAAGCAGCCUGCCCUCUGCCCCCAAGGAGGGCACCGGUAACCACAGUUACUGCCGGAACCCAGAUCGCGACCCGCGCGGUCCCUGGUGCUACGUCAGCGGCGAGUCCGGCACUCCCGAGAAGCGGCCUUGCGAGGACCUGCGCUGCCCAGAGACCACUUCCCAGGACCUGCCAACCUCCAUGACAGGAACAGAGGAGGUAUCUAAAGUGCCAGGUGGAGAUGAAGUGCAGGUGUUCGCUCCUGCCAACGUCCCGCCUGCCGGGAGCGAGGCAGCCGCUGUGCAGCCUGUGAUUGGAAUCAGCCAGCGGGUGCGGGUGAACUCUAAGGAGAAAAAGGACCUGGGAACCUUAGGCUCUGUGCUGGGCAUUACCAUGAUGGUGAUCAUCAUCGCCAUGGGAGCUGGUAUCGUCUUGGGCUACACCUACAAGAGGGGGAAGGACCUGAAAGAGCAGCAGGAGCAGAAAGAGGGUGAGAGGGAGAUGCAGCGAAUCACCCUGCCUUUGUCUGCCUUCAGCAACCCUACCUGUGAGAUCGUGGAUGAGAAGACUGUUGUGGUCCAUACCAAUCAGACUCCAGUUGACCUUCAGGAGGGCAGCGCCCCCCUCAUGGGCCAGGCAGGCACCCCUGGGGCCUGAGCACCCCUACAAUGGGCAGGAGCCCAUGCAGACACUGGUACAAGAUGGCCUACCCUCCUACAGCUAGGAGGAUCUAUACUUUCUGUUGUGGUUUAAACCCUCCUCACACUUGUUUUUGUUUGUUUUUGGUGAAUCCUAAGACUGAAGCAAGAGGUGUUGUGGACUGAGGGCAAGGCUGGGCAGGGUCCUACCAACACUCUUCCUCCAUUCCCUUGGAGCAGGAUUUUGCCUGUGGAUGGAAACAGUGACAGCCCCACAGCAGUGCUGCUGACAAGGGCUUCCAGACAGUGCCUGUGCCCUGGAACUGAAUCAGGGAUGGACAGGGAGCUCCCUCGGGCUCCUCUGUGCUUUAUUAUCUAAGGUGGUCUCAGUGUCCACCUUUCCAUCUGUUCUUUGUGGGCUUGAGUGGCGCACACUGUUAUUCAUAGUUCAGGUCAAGUAACUGAAGGACGGCAUUUUAAAAAUAUAGUUUUUUAAAUAUUUGGGAUGGAA